AUGUCGGACGACUCGAAUAUGAUGAGCGAGCCUAGCUUUGACGAUUUUGGUGGAGGUGACAGCGACUCUGACGGAUUCGCUCCUGUUGCUGCUAAGACAAUCAAAACUAAGACUACCGCCAAGAAAACGACUGCCACGAAGGCUCCAAAAGCUGCAAAGGCUCCGAAGGCCGCCAAAGGAACAACCAAGAAGCUUGUGCAGACCACAAUAAAAGCAACCAAGCCAGUGACCAAAAAGCGUCCUAAGCCAGAUAGUGACAAUGAGGGCAUCCCAUCAGAUCUCGAUUCCGCAGGCGAUAUAUCGAUGCUGUCAAACACUCCCCCAGAAGCAAAGAAGCAAAAGAAGGCGCCCGUAAAGAAGCCAGCUGGAAAGUCAUCAGAAGAAUUUGCCGAUGAAAAUAUGAAUUUGGAUGGGCCGUCCGAAUCCAAAAAACCAAAGGAUAAAACUGCGACUCAGAAAUACCAGAAGCUUUCCCAGUAUGAGCACAUUCUUGUGCGUCCUGACACGUAUAUUGGAUCUGUUGAACAGACUGAGCAGCAGAUGUGGGUGUUUAAUUCCGAGACUUCACAGAUGGAGUUCCGAAAGGUGUCGUUUGUGCCGGGAUUAUACAAGAUUUUUGAUGAGAUUUUGGUCAACGCAGCAGACAAUAAGCAGAACGAUCCAAACAUGAAAGCCAUCAAGGUGCAGAUCAACCGUGAAACUGGAGAGAUUAGCGUUGAGAACGACGGUGCUGGUAUUCCGAUCGAGAUCCAUGAAAUAGAGAAAAUUUACAUUCCAGAGAUGAUUUUCGGUCAUCUAUUGACCGGAUCAAAUUAUGAUGACGACCAAGAGAAGACCACCGGUGGUCGGAAUGGAUACGGAGCGAAAUUAUGUAACAUUUUCAGCACGUCAUUCACAGUCGAAACCCAGGACUCGAAAAGAGGAAAGAGAUAUAAGCAGACUUGGACCGACAAUAUGAGCAAAAUGGGCAAACCCAAGAUCUCGGCGAGCAAAUCUCCCGACUUCACUCGUGUUACUUGGACAGCCGACUACUCGAAAUUCAAAAUGAAUGGCAUGGAUGACGACUUCGAGGCUUUGGUUAAGCGACGUGUCUACGACAUGGCUGGCACUGUCAAGGAUGUAAAGGUGUCCUUGAAUGGUGUCAAGCUCAACCUGAACUUCAAGAAAUACUGCGAAAUGUAUGCUAAAGCCAUUCAAAAAGAACGUGGUGAAGGAGAAGAGGGGGAGAAGCCUGCUAUGGCAACCGUCAUUCUCGAAGAUCCGAAAGCCCACCAGUGUUGGGAGGUUGCUUUUGCUGUAUCUGAUGGAUCUUUUCAUCAGGUUUCUUUUGCCAAUUCUAUUGCAACGACAUCCGGUGGUACACACGUCAAUUAUAUUGCCGAUCAAAUUGUCGAAAAGCUUCUAGACGUGGUCAAAAAGAAGAAUUCCAAGGGCGCGGCUCUCAAGGCUGGUCAAAUCCGUAACCAUAUCUUCCUGUUUGUCAAUGCCUUGAUUGUCAAUCCAGCAUUUACUUCUCAGACUAAAGAACAACUCACGACGCUGAAAGGAAAGUUCGGUAGCAAAUGUAUCCUGACGCCCAAGUUUCUCAAUGACAUAGGGAAGACCGAAGCUGUCCAGAACAUUCUCAACUUCCAGGCGGCGAAAGCAGAUCAACAACUUGCCAAAAGUGAUGGCAACAAACGUUCCCGUAUGAGCAACGCAAAACUUGUCGAUGCGAAUUUAGCGGGUACUAAACGUGGACACGAAUGUACCUUGAUCCUUACCGAAGGAGAUUCUGCGAAAGGUCUUGCUGUUGCAGGCAGAGCUGUCCUCGAUCCAGAUCGUAUUGGUGUUUUUCCUCUUCGAGGAAAGCUGCUGAACGUGCGAGAUGCUGGUAUUGAGCAAAUUACGAAGAAUGCAGAAAUCCAAAACAUCAAACAGUUCCUCGGGCUAAAGCAUAAGCAUAUUUACACUGAUACCAAGGGUCUGCGAUAUGGUCAUCUGAUGAUCAUGGCUGAUCAAGAUCAUGAUGGUAGUCAUAUCAAGGGACUUUUGAUCAACUUUCUUCAGGUGCAGUUUCCGAGUCUGUUGAAAUUGCCGGACUUUUUCAGAGAGUUUAUCACUCCAAUUGUCAAAGUAUGGAAGGGCCCGAAUCCAAAGAAGCCCAUAAACUCCAAGUCGUUUUUUACGCUACCAGAGUACGAGUCGUGGAAAGAAAGACAUGCUACCGAUCAUGGUUGGAAGCACAAGUACUACAAAGGAUUGGGUACAAGUUUGCCUGAGGAUGCUCAGGUCUAUUUCAGCAAUUUAGAUCAGCAUUUACGAGAGUUUGAAUCUAUCACGCACGAAGAAGAGGGGAUGUUGGAUCUCGUGUUUAACAAGAAGCAGGCUGACAACCGGAAGCGAUGGCUAGGAAACUUCAUGCCUGGAACCUUUCUCGAUCACUCGACCAAAACUCUGACUUACAAUGAUUUCAUCAAUAAAGAGCUUAUUCUCUUUAGUAUGGCUGAUAAUAUUCGAUCCAUUCCUUCCGUCAUCGAUGGCUUCAAACCUGGACAGCGAAAAGUUAUGUAUGCCUGCUUCAAGCGCAAUCUAGUCAAAGAUAUGAAGGUCGUCGAAUUGGGAGGUUAUGUGUCCGAAAAUACCGCUUACCAUCACGGUGAGACGUCUAUGCAUAUGACCAUUAUCGGCCUUGCGCAGAACUUUGUUGGGUCCAACAAUAUUAACUGUCUGGAGCCAAGCGGAAAUUUCGGAAGCAGACUGGCAGGAGGCACUGAUGCGGCUAGCCCCCGUUAUAUCUUCACACGGCUGUCCCCUUUCGCCAGACGAGUCUUUUCAGCCCAGGACGAGCCGCUUUAUGAACACAAUGUUGAUGAUGGCAAGAUAAUCGAACCAACGAUGUUCUGUCCAGUGAUACCAAUGGUGCUCGUCAAUGGCGCUGACGGUAUUGGAACUGGUUGGAGCACAACGAUUCCCAACUACCAUCCUCUCCACAUUGUAGAGAAUCUCAAGCGACGCAUGGGCCGUCUUGAUCAUCAAAACGGUGAAGAAGAGCCUUUCAUCACAAUGGUCCCAUGGUUUAGAGGAUGGAAAGGCAUCGCUGAGCCUGCGGGGCCUAAUCGCUUCAAUUUCAACGGUAUUGUGAGAGAAGCCGCGAACAAUGAGGUCGAAAUUACGGAACUACCAAUUCGGGUGUGGACCGAUGAUUUCAAAGCAAAACUCGAGGAAAUUAUCAAAGGCGAAAAAACCCCAUCAUUCAUCAAAGAUUACAAAGAGUACAACGACCACAAAAGUGUCAAUUUCAUCGUCCAACUAGACGAGAAGAACAUGAAAGGUGUUAAAGAAGAUGGUCUGGCCGAGCGUUUUAAGUUGAACAAGACGAUUGCUACAUCGAACCUGGUCGCAUUCGACACCAAUGGCCAAAUCAGGAAGUAUGAAACCGUCGAAGCCGUUCUUGAAGAGUACUAUGUGUAUCGGCUGGCAAUGUACACUAAGCGGAAGGAAUACUGGGUCAAGAAAAUCAAUAUCGAGUAUCGAAAACUGAAGAAUCAAGCUCGUUUUGUCCUUGAAAUCAUAGACAACAAACUUGUCGUUUCUAAGAAGAAGAAGCCUGUCCUAGUCGCAGAAUUGAGAAAAGCAAAUUAUGAGGCUUUCCCGAAGGUUUCUGAUGCGAAGAAGUCAGGAGAAACCGAUGACACUGUCGAGAAUGAGGAGGAGGUGGCAGUCGAUGAAGAUUCUGGAGCGAGGGACUUCGACUAUCUUCUUGGUAUGCCAAUCUGGUCGCUCACACAAGAACGCGUGGACAAAUUAAAGGCACAGAUGCUUGCUAAAAAAGAAGAACAAACUGCUUUAGAACGGUUGAGCGAAAAAGACCUUUGGUGCCAGGAUCUUGACGCAUUUGUGAAUGAGUGGGAGGUUCAGUUGCAAGAGGAGGCCGAUUAUCAGAAGGGUAUCCGCAAUACCAAGCGUCGUAUGUCUUCGAAGAUUGGAGCCGGCAAAGCAGCUGGAAAGUCUAAGAAAGCAGAUGAUGACUAUGCUCCCAAGGCUGCGAAGACUGCGAAGGCUGAGCCUAAGAUCAUCAAAGUUGAACCAAAGAAGAGCUCAGACGCGUUUCUCAAAAUGUUUAACAAACAGCCUCGCCCUACGAAACCUGGCUUUGGUAAAGAUGGCGUUUCCGAGGACGAGGAAGUCAACGGCGGAGCUACUAUGGGUUCAUCUGACGACGACUUCGAUGCCUUGGUGGCAGUGAAGCCUUCCCGCUCCGUGUCUCAGACCUCACGGGCUCCCAGUGAACAACCUGCUGGCGAUAGAAGAGCAAAGCGAGCUACUGCUGCGGCUCCCAAGAAGUGGGUGAUAGAAGACGACGAAGAGUCUGACAGCGAUGACGAUAGACUUUUGGGUAACAUCGGCGAUAUGGUCAAGGGCAUCGGUGAGGGUGCUGCUCCAGUUGAUAACGGCAAUGGCCGUGUCUCUCUUUUCGCUAUGAAUCGCCCCGAGAGCAGUCACGGACGAUCGACCAGUAAUGACUUGCCGAAACUCAAAUCAAAGCCAAGCAAAAGCUUUGAUAUCUCAGAUGGAGAUGAGACCAACUAUGAGAUGCUGGCUCGGUCUUCACCUCAGAAGCCUCCUCCAACAGCGAAGGAUAACCUAGACAGCUUUCUUUCUAUGGAUGAGGACGAUGACAUUCUACCUUUACCAAAGAAGGUUACAAAAGCACCAGCAGCCAAGCCUGCCCCGAAGCCACGAGCAAAACCAAUAUCUGUGGCAAAGCCUGCCCCUGCUGCGAAGAAGGCUCCGGCAGCCAAACCGAAGCCUGUUGCGCUCUCCCCCGCGGCCAAAGCUUACGCAGCUAAACAAAAGAAGUCUGCCUUGACGAAAGACGUCUUUAGUGAAGACGAAGAGGAUAAAGAAGAGACGGAAGACGACGAGGACGAAUCACUUCCCCCACAACCCGCUGUACGAGGUCGUGGUCGUCCAGCGAGGGCAGCUGCAGUAGCGAAGAAGCCUGCGGCACCGAUUCUGAUUGACUCGUCGGACGAUGAUGAUAUGGAUGUUGAUGAUGUUGAUGAGUCGGCUAUGAUUGAGGAAGAACCGAGCGACGAUUUUGAUGAGAGCGAGUAG